AUGUUACGUUGGCGACAUAUUUUGUUAUGCUUAUCAAUAUUCUACAUUAAAUUUUCAUCCGUAAGACCAUCUAUUCUAUCGACUAAAUUUAAUAUAACUUUAAUAACACCGGACAAUAAAUCAUUACCAACUGCAAGACCUCAUAAAUCAGUGCAUGUUAAACAUAAAUUAUCAAAUAAUGAAGAGCGAUGGACUAUUGUUGGAAUCGAACCAUUAAUUCAAACACAUCGAAAAGCAAUCGAAUAUUUGACUGUUCAUCUUUGUAAUACACAUAUUCAUCUUUCGAUUUCGCAUGAUGAAAAUUUAGUGUGUAAUGAUGAUCAAUCAAUGCUAAUCUAUGAAUGGACUCCAUAUUCAUCAUCAUCUCCUUUUCGUAUAUCUGAUGGUUCUGGUUUUGACUUAACAAAUUUUAAAUCAAUUGUACUUACAGUUAUUUAUAGGAAAGAAAAACAAAUGCAUAAAGAACAAUCAGGUGUUAUACUGUACAUAUCAAUUCAAUCGACUUUCUGAUUACGAUAUCAAAUGGCUACCAUAGUGGUUGGUGAUCAAGAUAGGGGAACACAUUUUUCAUGUCGUUCGUCAAAUAUUCCACGUUUAUUAUAUGGAAUAAAGAAAUUAAAUUCCAAUGAAAAUAAUACUUGGUGGCGUAUAUAUGUUAUUCGUGUUCGUCAAUUUCGACGAAAAUUAAUUCAAUUAGUAUGUGAUUCAAGAAUAUUAUCAAAUACAAAUCAAAGUGCUAUUGAAAUAUUAUCACCUGAUAUAUUUCUUAUGAAAGGUGAUUAUUUAUUAAUUGAAUGUGAAAAUAUUUCACAAGCUAAUUGUUAUUUUCUUAUUUAUUAUACUUAUAAAUCAAAACUAAUUAAAAAUGAUAAUAUUUGUCAAAAAAAUGAUUUUUUUGAUUUAUUCAAACUUCUACCAUCAAGAGAUAUACUUAAUACAAAUCUAAGUACAAUGAAGACAUCGAGUAUUCAUGGAUCAACAAUAAUAUUGUUAAUAUUGAUAUUAUUAUUAAUCAUUUGGAUAUCAAUUAUAGUUGGUUGUAUUAUAAUGCGUCGUAUACGUGGAUUAGUCAAUUAUCGUCCAGAACCAACAUUUCCAUUUUCAUCACAAAAAUAUAAUUCAACAAAUGCAACACGAGGUGGUAAUGAUAAUUAUCAGCAACGAACAGGUGAUGCAGAUCACAUUAUACAAAUGGAUGUUGAACAUGCUUAA